AUGGAGAAGAAGACCACCCUUAGCACCGCCCUGGUUACCGCGAACCUGGAUAAUGCACCGCUCCUGGGAGAUAGUAUGGGUUACGAGAUGGUUAGCGUAACUGUUGGUAAAGGACGUCAUAUGUUCACUAUCCACAAGAACCUGAUCUGCGCCACUGGAAGCAAUCUGGGCAAGAUGUUCUCGACCCGCAAGGUGGAUGACCCAAUUCACUUUCCAUCGGAGACACCCGGCGUGUUCAUCUUGUUCGUCGAGUACCUUUACAAGAAUACAGUACCAUGCGUUAGCGCAACGAGCAGCGUUACUGCCCAGGCUGUUAGGCUUCGAGAUCUGUGCCAGCUGUACGUCUUCGGGGAGCAGGUUGAAAUGGACAUCGAAAUCCGUAAUAAGGUUAUGGACAGCAUCCAGGAUGGCUUCCGUAGCAUCAACAGGUUCCCGGACGCCAAUCUUGUGCAGUGCAUCUACGGUAGGACUAAGCCGGGCUGCAUUCUUCGAAAGUUUUGUGCCUUGAGUCUUCUUGCCAAAGUGAGAGCUCCCGAUUACAUCAACGAUUACCAUAUCACAACCUGGCUCGAGAGCAACGUCGAUGGUUUUCAUGACUUUUUCGAGGCACUCAUGAAAUUCAACCCGCAUCAGGAUCCUCGUGUUCGUGAUUUGGAAGGCAAGACCGGGAUUUGGCCAUGUGCCUUCCACAUUCACCCUUCUGAAGCUAAAGUCAAGAGGGAAGUUGGCAUUGACAAUAAGGGGGUCGAUAUUGACAAGAUGCCAAAUGCCGGCGACCAAGCUGGAUCGAGCGCUAAGAUCAGCGAACUCUGCCACCUGUUCACAGAAAGCAUCUGA